CUCCCGCCGGCUGGGGUUUGGGCUUUGCACCCGGCGGCGGCUGAGAACCGUGGCGGCUGCGGAGCCGGCAGCGCAGCCGGGCGGAGCGGAGCUGCCCGGCCCGGUGGCGGGCGAUGCCCCCGUGAGCCUCUUUCGCCGCCCCUCCCCGCCCCGCGCCCCUACCCCCUCGGAGUCCGCCGCCCGCCUGGGACCGGGCCGCGCCCACCGCCGGGUCCGCGGGGCGGGGUCCCGGGGCAGCACCUGCCCCGCCUUGUGGAGCCGCCUCGCCCAGCGGAGACCCCUCCCUGUCUGGACCCUGGCCCCACCUCCGGACUCUUACCACAUCACCUCCUCGUGGGAGCUACUGUGACUGCCUUCACCACCUUCCUGAAAUCUGGUGUCCGGGGGCAAGUUAACUGCAGCCUCGUGUAAAUGCCCUAGGGCUGUGCUACUGGGCGGGGCACAGCCCCCUGUGAUGUGGAGCCCUGCUCUCAGACUCAUCAGUUCGGGUUGCUGAGGCUUCACCACCCCUCGGACCAUGUUUAACGGGGAGCCGGGUCCGGCCUCGGCCGCGGCCUCCAGGAACGUGGUUCGGAGCUCCAGCAUCAGUGGUGAGAUCUGCGGCUCCCAGCAGGCUGGGGGUGGGGCUGGGACCACCACAGCCAAGAAGCGGCGCAGCAGCCUUGGAGCCAAGAUGGUGGCCAUCGUGGGCCUGACCCAGUGGAGCAAGAGCACGCUGCAGCUGCCCCAGUCUGAAGGGGCUACCAAGAAGCUGCGCAGCACCAUCCGACGGAGCACGGAGACGGGCAUCGCUGUGGAGAUGCGGAGUCGGGUCACACGCCAGGGCAGCCGGGAGUCCACGGAUGGGAGCACCAACAGCAACAGCUCCGAGGGCACGUUCAUUUUCCCCACCACCCGGCUUGGGGCUGAAAGCCAGUUCAGUGAUUUCCUGGAUGGGCUGGGACCAGCCCAGAUUGUGGGGCGACAGACAUUGGCGACGCCACCGAUGGGGGACGUGCACAUUGCCAUCAUGGACCGGAGUGGCCAGCUGGAGGUGGAAGUGAUUGAGGCUCGGGGCCUGACCCCCAAACCAGGCUCCAAAUCCCUCCCAGCCACCUAUAUCAAGGUUUACCUGCUUGAAAACGGGGCCUGCUUGGCCAAAAAGAAGACAAAGGUGGCCAAGAAGACCUGUGAUCCCCUGUACCAUCAGGCUCUGCUCUUCGAUGAGGGGCCCCAGGGCAAGGUGCUGCAGGUGAUCGUCUGGGGAGACUACGGCCGCAUGGACCACAAAUGCUUCAUGGGCAUGGCCCAGAUCAUGCUGGACGAGCUGGACCUGACCGCUGCGGUCACCGGCUGGUACAAACUCUUCCCCACGUCCUCAGUGGCAGACUCUACGCUUGGAUCCCUCACCAGGCGCCUGUCCCAGUCCUCCCUGGAGAGUGCCACCAGCCCCUCCUGCUCCUAAGGACCUCCAAAGAGGCCGGGAUAUAGUGUGGGAAGGGGUGCCUCAUGGCACUCCCCUCCCCUGUACAUAGUCUUUGUGUCUUUCUGGACCCUUGCCCUGCUGCAUGCCUUUUGGCUACUGGGCCCGUCCCAGCUGGCAGUGGAGAUCGUAGUAUGUAUGUGUGUGCGUGUGUUUGUGUGUGUAUGUGUGUGUCUGUGUCUGUGUGCGACCAUGUUUUAUCCGUUCACCUGUUUGGGUACAGUCAGUCCUGGUGACUACAUGAGCUAAAAUCCACAUCUCUCUGUGUCUCGUUGAAAAGAAACCCAAAGGAGUGUUGUGUGGGCGUGGAUCCCUGAGUCCAGGGGCAGAAGCGGGGGAUGUGGCCGCCGAUCCCCCCUGCCUGGUCCUGUGCCCAGGGCAGAGUCCACGUGUCCCUGUCGGGGCUGCCUCUUGGUCGUCCCUGCUUGUUCUCUGCCUUGUCCUAUGUCCCACCUGUGCUUCUCUCAGCACCGCGGCUCUUUUUUGAGGAAUGUAGUACCCACUGCAGCUGGCCACACUGAAGCCCCUCGGGGACCGUCCUCCCUGCCCAGCGCUCUGGCAGCUCUUCCCACCGAAUGGACCUGCAGCCUGGAGCAUGCUUACCUAGGGCCUUGGCUGGGGGCCGGGCGAGCAGACCAGGCCUGGGAAGCUGCGGGCUUGGAGAUCACCUCCUCGCUUCCGCAGCACACCGCUAGGAAGACUUAGUUCCCAGGGUGGCUGGCCAGGCCCCUUAGAGGGAAGUGCAGGCACCUCCCUUUAGCAUCGUUCUCCACCUCCUGCCUUCCUCUGAACCUCCUUGCUUCCAACAUGCCAAAGGAGCUCUCCCAGUGGAUCCCAGGAGGUGUGGACUUGGACGGUCUUGACGCCCCGGAGGCUGGCCUCAGGGGGAAGGUACUCUGCCAAAGCAGAUGGUUCCUGGAGGUUCCUGUGUGUUCUCCAGGCCCUGGGGGUGGCCUUGUCCUCCUCGGGGUGCAUCCUGGUGGGGCCUGGCUUGUGGAGGAAGCGCUGGGGGUGGGGCUGUUUCUGGAAUGAGGAGGGCUGGGGCUCCCCUUGUCUGUGCCACUGUUGAGACUCCUGUCUGACCUUUGGGGAUUAGCUGCAUGAGGCUGACCAUUUGGGUCUCUCUUUGUUUGCUCAUUUCCAGACCAGGGUCCCUGUCUGGGAGCUCAGACUCACCUGGGCUCCAGCUUCGCAGCCUCACGGACAGCCUGGCUCUGGAUUCAGCUAGCCUGCCACAGUCACCAGCUCUGUACAAGCAAUACUUUCCCCUCUUGGCCUCCCCGCCUCCUUGCGCCCCGCAGCUGCCCUCUGGAGAGUGGCCCGGCCUGCUCUCCGCACCUCACCUGCCUCUGCUUUCUUUCUGCCCUUGUCUGGUUGGAGCCUCCCAAAGUCCCUCAAACUCUGACUUUAUAGGACAGCUGGGCCCUGUGUGGGGGAGGCUACCAGGGCCUGGACCCAUGAGAUGUCUGCUGGGAAUGCCCAGAUCUGUCCUCUCCCUCCUCAGGUCUGGGGCAAAAGGCAAGAGGUUGCCCAGGGGUUACACACGGCAGCCCUUGGGUCUGUGUCUGGUGGGGAGGAAAGAGGCGGCAGGAGGGCAUCAGGGUAUGGAGAAGACCGCCCCUCUGCCUCUUCCCCAGACGUCAGCCCCAAGCGCUGUAUGACUCUGACCCACAUGCGCAAGGUGGAGGGGAGCGACCCAGCUGAGGAGUGGGGCGGUCUCGGGACCUGAGUGCUUGGACUCCAUUCAUAACCAAAGCCGGACAGAUGGGCCUAGAGGCGGAUUCUGAGCGGAGAGGGAGGAGGUUCUCAGGAUAUAAAGGCAUCUCCACCCAAAGGGCCUCCUUUCCUGGUAGGGACCCACAUCAGGUCGAAGCCAGAGCCUGGUAACCUCCCUCCCAGGAAAACCCCAUUGGUCCUGCCCACAGAUGGAAAGUGGGUAAGGGCAGUAAGAAAUGAACCAAAUGGGCUCCUGGCUUCUGCCAGAGCCUCCAUUCUUGUCUUAUCACAGAUGAGGACUGUUGUGGGCGUAGGGAGAGGGAGGAGGCAGCUGGGUCGGCUUUUCUCUUUAGGCAGAAAUUCUCUCUGGUUGUCGGGAUUGGGUAAUGCGCGCAUAUCUCCUGUUUCUAAAAAUAAGGCAAAGGGCUCUGUACUCUUUGACCCUAGGGUGGGGAGAGGGAGGAAACUCGCUCACAAAAGGGUAUUUUAUAUCCUGUCUGUGAGGUAUUCACCUCUCCCAAACAGUCACCCUCAGGAUGGCGUGAACAUAGUCUACACUUCUGGAAUGGUGGGAUUAGUAAAGACUCCUAGGAUCGCGUAGACACCUGCUGAUGCAGCUCCAAGUGGCGCUA